GGGCUGGUAAAAAAGAAUGGGUCGCUUUCUUCUCUCAGCGGCUCGCCUCCUUACAUUACUUAAAACUGUCCUCAGCAGCAACUCAUCAACAUGGCCCUACCGUUCAACCGUGAAGAAGCUAUCAAGCGGUGUCAAGAUGUCUUCCAUAUCACCCCUAAAGACUUGCAGCUGGAUGUCGUCGAAUGCAUCGGUACCGGUCGGGACUGUAUUCUGAUUGCUGGAUGCGGCUGGGGCAAGUCCCUUGUAUAUUUUCUACCGACGGUGCUCUGGACCGAUCGGAUCAUCGUUGUAAUAUCACCUCUGAGGGCUUUGAUACAAGAACAGCAGCUGAAACUUGCAAGCUUGGGCAUCCGCAGCACGGCCCUCAUGGGCGGAGACAUCACCGGGAUUGACUCUGGAGUGGCCGCAGGAUUGUAUAGGGUUAUUUUUAUGACACCAGAAAUCAUUUUUGAGAACAAGCGCGUGCAGGAACUCUGGUUCGACAAGAGAUGGCGAAUGCGACUGCAAGCCGUUGUCCUGGACGAGGCUCAUUGUGUCACCUCUUGGGGUACCACUUUCAGAAAGCUAUAUGGCCGCCUUGGAGAACUCCGGACGUGGGUGCUUCCCAGCGUGGCGUUCAUUGCUGUAUCGGCCACUCUUCCGCCCCAAGCCCUUGCAGAUCUCAAACACAGGAUCCAUUUCAAGGGCUCUACAUCUGUCAUCAAUGUCGGUAACGAUCGCCCUAAUAUACGACUGGAAGUGCGACACUUCAAGCCAAACAACAAGCUGAGGCAUCUUGAUUUUCUUAUGGACUUCCAAAAGACCAUUGUUUAUUUUGAAAGCCGGAAUGAGACCGUUACGGCUAUGAGGUACUUGCAAGGGUUGGAAGCUUUGGAAUCCUCGGCCACAAAGAAGGACAUCACCCUCUAUCAUGCACUCAUGUCCGAGGACUACAAGCGGAAGACCAUGGAGGCAUUCAGGCAAGGCAACAUUCGCUUGUUGCUAUCUACAGAAGCCGCUGGAAUGGGAUGUGAUAUCAACGACGUCGACCGUGUCGUUCAGGUCAGGUGCCCCACUAGCAUUUCAUCCCUUGUGCAGCGUCUUGGUCGUGCAGCUCGUGAUCCGAAACGUCAGGGGCUCGGUAUUUUAUUGGUACCACCACCAUCCGAUGAGACCAAGUACGCCGACGAGCAUCUCAAGGAGUACAUCGUCACUCAAAAAUGUCGCAGAAAAGUCCUCAAUGACGUCUAUGGCAAUGUGCAUCAUCCGAACGAGAAUUGCUGCGAUCUUUGUCACCC